AUAAUUUAUUUAACCAGGUAUGAAAACAUCCAAAUCCAACACUACUAUUAAUAAUAAGAAAUAAUUACAUUCAACAUUACAUUCCAAUCAAAUCCAAAACAUUAUAACAUAACAUGAGAGAGACAACACUUACAUACCAGGUAGAGAUAAACUACACACAGUGAUCGUGUGGGAGAUCUGUCUACAGAUUCCCUGAAUCUUUGCCCAGCUCUCCCCUAAAUACCCGGAUGCUCUGUGGUCCACCAAAAGGUGCUGUUUGUGAUUAUAAUUUGAUUAAAUUGUGGAAGGAUGUACCUUAUUUACAUACAGGAGAUCAUUUGAGUGAGGGACCUUGGGAGAGUUUGCCUUUAACGGCAUGUACCAUUUUAUUUAAACUGCUGUUGAGGGAAUGAGAACAUAAUUUCCAGUCGCACUGAGACCUUUUGUGUAAUACAGUAAACAUGUCUAGGUGACAUCUUAUUCGCAUUGAAACAUGUUAUGUAAUGUAUAUUGACCUUGGGUGUGUUUAAGUUAUCUCGACACAGAGAGAGAGAAGGGUGUGAGGAGAGGAAGUGAGGAUCUUCCAGGCUCCACUCAGCAUGAUGUGCUAUCUCAGGUGUGGAUGCUAAUUUUGAUGUACAGUUCCCUCCGAAACUAUUGGAACACGAGGCCGAGUCAUUAGACGUCUGUGUUCGAGAUCAGAAGAUGGAGAUGAGACGAGAGUUCAGGAUUUCAGUUUUUAUUUCCUGGUGUAUACGUCUAGACGUGUUAAACACCAUAAAACACAACCUUCCGUAUCAGAACACACCGUUUUUAGGUGAGCAAAAGUAUAGGAACAGAUCAGUCUUAAGGUAAGUAAAUAACACUAAAUAAUUGGUUGCAUUUCCCUUACCUGAAAUAACUGCAUCAAUCCUGUAACUCACUGACACCAAGAUGUUUUAAGAGUGGAUCUGAUGCGUGUCUGAUCUAGGACCACAUACGACACUGGCUAAGGUCUGAUUUGAAAUGAUCCAGCAAUUGGGAAAAGAAUCAGAUCUGUGUGACAUUCAGGCAGAAAAUCAGAUGUGAUGAAGAAAAUAAAGAGAUUGUGUAAGUCACUCUGGAGAAGAGUUACACAGUUGUAGUUUGUCUUUCGGCUGUGUAGCACGGACACAAGCGCUCUUGAGGAAAAUGUGUAACUACAAUGACUGAGGAGAAUAAAAAUUGUUGAUCGACACUGACGCUGUUUCUAAUCAUUGCAUGAGGCGCGCAGUAGGUUCUCCUUGAGUUCCAGACAUGUUUGGAGCUGUGUGUAAUUGUUUCAUGUUGCGGUGUGUAUUCUUUAUAUCGUGUGUGUUCUUUCCUUUUCUUUAAUUCUGUGUUUGAACAGUUGAUCGUGUAGCUUCCUGUUUGUAGGAGGACGGACACAGUAACGUAGCUCUGCUGAUCACGCCUGCCUCGUGUUGUCUAUAUAAAGUCUCUGACUCUGAGACUCUUCUGCACUCGUCGUUCAGUGAACAUUGUGUUCCUCUUCUACGUCUGCGUCCAUCAUGAAGCUCCUCAGUGUGGUUCUCCUUCUGCUUCCACUCUCGAUCUGUUUGGCUGAAGUCGUGAAGGAUUUUACUAAGAGCUGUCCAGGGUUCUUCGCUACUCCGAAUGAUGUCGUUUCUCCUCCUACGGGUUUUACUGGGACUCAGUAUAAACAGAUCUGUCAAACUCGAAAUAAUCAAGCUGAAUUCGCGACACUUUAUGACACGGAGAACAGGAUCCCAGUUUACUCAGCAUACAGGUUUACCGGUCAAAUGAAGUGUAACAGAUUGGACAAGUGGCAUACUGAACCUGAGCUGGAAGCUGGAAUGCAGGAUCAAAACCAGAAAACUUGUCUAGUUAAUCAGGCUGAGAACGGAGAUUAUAAAAAAUCUGGCUAUGAUAGAGGACACCUGGCUCCAGUUUUCCUUGCCACCUCACAGAACUGUGCUGAUGCCACCUUCACGCUGACCAACGCUGCUCCACAGGCGGCAAUGUUCAACCGCAAUACGUGGAUGAGGACAGAAAAAAACAUGAAUGACACACUGACCAAAGAUUGCCUUAAUGUAGGCUGGCGUGCAUUUGUAGUAACUGGGGUUGUGCCGGGUACUGAUACGUUGAAAAAUGAAGGUAGAGUGCGAAUUCCCAGUCACUUCUGGAUGGCAUUCUGCUGCCUUGAUAACAAUAAUAAACCCAAACACUCAGGUGCAUAUAUUGGACAAAAUAAUGAUAAUGAUUGUCCAGUGUAUCGGUGGAGCGUGCAGGAUCUGGAGCCAGAGUUAACAGAGCUGUAUAGGAAACAGUUCCAUAACAUCCCUGAUUUCCACUUCACUUUCUUCGCUGGAGAAUGCUAUACAGAAACUGAAACAAAUGAAUUACAAAUAAUUGAAAACAAAAAGCGUAAAAUGUCUCAGAACGAAAGAAACAAAGACUGUCAAUCAAAUAAACGUCAAAAAUUGUAAAGAAAUUUAAAGCAGGAACGAUGUUGAACUAGUGGAAAGUCCGAGUGUUGAAUGGUUUCAGCGUCUGUCCUGUAUGUUUCCCAUUCAGUGGAGCAACUUCUACACACAUACACUUAAAAAAAUGAAAACUAAUCAGAAAUCAGUCAUGUGUUGAUUGACAUAUUGUUGUACUUUUAAUCAGUUUAUUUCUGUCACUAAAUUGGGAUCAGAUCAUUUAUCAUUAAUCACUGAAUUGCAGUUGGAUUUUCUGCAGAAUUCUACAUCAAUAAAGAGCAUCCGAUUAAACCGUGUCUCCUCUUACUUACUGCCGUAUAACAUCUGGAGCAUAGCUAU